UACAAGCAACAUGGCCGCCACCAAAGGCCCUGUGUUGCCUACACAUUAUCGAUCAUCUGUAGCCGUGCAGAGAAGCGGCCUGCGCGUACGUGAAAAAUACGUGCUUCUUAUAGUAUGUGGGAUAUUUUGUUGCCUUAUGUUUGGGGCUUUUUUCUUUGUGCCGGAUCUUGGCCCAGUAAAAUAUUUGCAAGCUGGUAAACAGGCCUUGUCAAAGUUAGUGUAUAAUUCCCGCAAAGAUAAAGUUCUUCCAAUAAAACCACCUGCAAAAGGCGAUGAAGAUGAUAUCUUAGAAGAAGACAACGAGGUAGAGAUAGCUGAUAUUAAAACUAAACCAGUUAAGAAUGAUAUGGAUGAAAAUGAUGACAGCGAGUCAGAUGAGGACCAAAAAUUAAAAGAGAAAAUUAAAAGGGAAAAAGAGAAAUUGAGGAAAAUGAGGGAAGAAGAAGAAGAGAUGAAGAAACAGGAAGAGAAAGAAAGGUUACUGCAAAUGAGACCAACGAAACAUAAAGAAACAGCAGGAGGCGGGGAACCUGCAGAUGAGCAGACAAAAGAAAGACGUAAUACUGUGAGAAAGAUGAUGGAAAAGGCAUGGAAUGGUUAUGCUCAGUAUUCCUGGGGGCAGAAUGAACUCAAACCAAUCAGUCAAAUGGGUCACUCUGCCAGUAUCUUUGGCACACAUUCUAUGGGAGCUACAAUUGUUGAUGCCCUGGACACUUUGUAUAUCAUGGGUCUGGAAGAAGAAUUUAAAAAAGCUCGAGACUGGGUUGCCACUAACUUGUCUUUUGAUAAGUCCACAACAGUUUCAGUGUUUGAAAUCUGUAUUCGUUUUCUUGGAGGCUUAUUAACUGGCUAUGCUUUAACUGGAGAUGAAGUUUUCAAAAUAAAAGCUAAAGAAGUUGGUGAUCGUUUAUUACCAGCAUUUAACACUCCCACUGGCAUACCAUAUGGACUUGUUAAUUUAGCCAGUGGUUCUGGACACAAUUGGGGCUGGGCAUCAGGUGGUUCAUCGAUUCUUGCAGAAUUUGGAACACUUCAUUUAGAGUUUGUCUAUCUCUCACAUAUAACCAAAGAUCCAGUUUAUGCUGAAAAGGUGAAAAAGGUGCGAGAUUUUGUAGACAAAAUUGACAAACCUCAAGGACUUUAUCCCAAUUAUUUAAACCCAAGGAAUGGAGCGUGGGGACAAAAUCAUGUUUCUCUGGGUGCUUUGGGUGAUAGUUUUUAUGAAUAUCUUAUUAAAUCAUGGAUACAAAGUGGAAAGACAGAUAAACAAGCAAGAAAAAUGUAUGAUGAUACCAUAGAGGCAGUGGAAAAGAUCAUGGUUCAAAAAAGCCAAUCGGGUCUGACAUAUGUAGCUGAAUAUAGAUAUGGUGGUCUUGAACACAAAAUGGGACAUUUGGCAUGUUUCUCUGGAGGUAUGCUUGCAUUAGGUGCUGCAGGUUCAAGAAACAACAAGGAAGAUCAUUAUGUUGACUUAGGAGCAAGAAUAACUAAUACUUGUCAUGAAUCAUAUAAACGAACAGCAACUGGAAUAGGACCUGAGAUGUUCUUUUUCCAAGGGCCACAUGAGGCCAAAGGACUUAGGGGGAAUGAACGAUAUUAUAUUUUACGUCCAGAAGUUGUGGAGUCCUAUUUUGUUAUGUGGAGAAUAACGCACGAUCAGAAAUAUCGUGAAUGGGGUUGGGAAGCUGUACAGGCAAUCAAGAAACACUGUGAAGUUGGAGUAGGAUUCUCUGGGAUCCGUGAUGUGGACAGUGUUCCUGUACAGCACGAUGAUGUACAGCAAAGUUUUUUCCUGGCAGAGACCUUAAAAUAUUUAUAUCUUUUAUUCUCAGAUGAUUCGCUUAUACCUUUAGAUCGUUGGGUAUUUAACACUGAAGCACACCCCUUGCCAGUCAUUGGUAAAACAUAGUUAUGUCUAUUUCAAUUUUUUUUCAAAUCCAGCAACGAGUAGGGUUUUGAUAAACAUUAAGGGCAACAAGUCAUUGAGAGAAGCACACAAUUGCAUUGUUUGCAAAAUCUUGUACACACAUCCUUGGGUAUCUAAUUGUCUUUUAAUAUUCAUCAUACAUAAGGAUAUUCUUGCUCGCAAUUUUUUUAUACUUAAGAUUUUGAUCUUAGUUGAAUCAGUUUCAUGAAAAUUAGUUUCUCCAACCAUUAUAUAGUUCCCAUUGUGCCUGAUAUUGUACACUGUUAAAUAGGCAGGCCCUUAUACAAACCAAUUCAGGCUCUAUAUAUAUCAUUCUGAAGUUGAUAUCUAUGGAAUGAUCCACAUGUUAUUUAAAAAAUGGGUUUAGCCAUAGUUGAUCAGUUAUCAUUCAGCAUCAAUAUGUGAAUAUGAA